CCCCAACACGCAAAAGCUUCUCUUUCAUUCCCCCUGCGGUACCAUACAGCUUCUCCACCAGUGGUGGCCGCGCACUGCUGCGCGUUUCCACUCGUUGUCAACUCGAUCCGCGCGAUCGUCGCUCCAACCGUCUCCAUCGCUGCGCUUUGCGCUACAUGUGUCGCGAGGCAUGAACGGGGAUCUCAACCCGUCUAGCGCGUCUUCUGCCGCGCCCGCCAACAACGCGUUCGCCCCUCUGGCGUCGAACCGGACACGUCCCUUUCCCGCGGCCGGCACCGCGACAAAGAACACAAUGGCCGUUCCGGCAUUCCUCCCGCCCGCGCAAGCCUACAGGGCGCCUGCACCAUCUCAAACCGCAUAUGCGCAACCGCUCUCAGCCCCCCAACCGUUCGAUCGCGACAUCAUGAAACCCCUGGGCAACCAAUCUUCCGCGCCCCCCCCAACCCUCUCCUCAGCGCUGAUCCGGAAACUACCACUUAACACCUCGGAAGAAUCAUUGCGCUUGAUGAUGGUCUUCUCCCAGGAACUUUGCGAUGUCGAACUGUUGCCCGUCGAGCAGUCUGUCGAUGUGGGGUUCCGAUCUGCCAUACUCAAGUUCAAGAGCCCUGCGGGCGCUCAGGAAGCGAAGAACAUGCUUGACGGCAAGUCGAAUAUUUCGAACGACGCUGAAAUGAUUGUCGAAAUCCUCGGUAGCUCAAACCCUCCCGCUCUUGGAAAGAGGUUCACGAAUGAUGCGAUCAUGACUGCCUCCGCUGCCGCACCCUCGACCUCAGUGUCAAGACAGGCGUCCAGAUUCAAUGGAACGUUCCAGUCGCUGGAGAAGAUUACGCCUCCUGUGGGCAAUAUGUACGGAGAGUCAGCCACUCAUGAGGCUGGUGCGUCGUACCAGAACAUUUUCGGGCCCCAAUCACCAAUCGGAAACCACCUCGCGAACGGCGCCCAUCACACCAGUAAGUCACUCAUCGAUUCUGUCGAUGAUGACGAGACCAAGGAGCUGCUGGAGGAUCCUGUUGGCUUUGCAGAGAACGGUCCGCAGCGUCGUCAGACAGGGCCUCAACUGCCCAUGUCCCGUAUGGCCACUCUGUCGCUGAACACCACUCCGACCCCACCUAGCGCCCACACUCCGAUGCCCUAUUACAACCACCUAGGCAUGGGAUCACUAUCCGGGCUCUCAAACGCCAUGUCUCCGACGGCAAUGGCCGGUCCCGGAAUGGGCUACAAUCCGCAGGCGCCAUACCGGAUGAGCAACUUUCCUCCUGCGAAUCCAGCAGAUCAAAACCCGCCAUGUAACACACUUUACGUUGGCAAUCUGCCCAUUGAUACGUCAGAGGAGGAGCUCAAGGCCAUGUUCUCGAAGCAGCGAGGAUACAAGCGGCUGUGUUUCCGAACCAAGCAGAACGGACCCAUGUGUUUCGUCGAGUUUGAAGACGUUACUUGCGCAACCAGAGCGUUGCACGAGCUUUACGGAACGCCACUCCACAACAGCGUCAAAGGUGGCAUCCGUUUGAGUUUCUCAAAGAACCCGCUCGGCGUUCGUUCCGUCCAAAACCAGGGACAAAAUGGUGCCGGUGCAAUGGGCGGCAUGAACGGAAUGCAUGCCGCCGGUUCGACGAAUGGAUUCACCACCGCAUCCGGUCCUCCGCCCGGGCUAACCGCUCCUCCCGGCCUUGGCAUUAACCGCGGUGGAUACGCACCAUCCUCUGGUUUUAAUGCUGCCGUGAAUAACCUGUACAGCUCCCCGACUGCCUCCAACGCACCCGGUAACCCGUGGGCCGGCAUGCACAACGGAAACGGGCACAUCAUGGCCGGCCCGGCUUCGGCUUUCCCGCCAUAUAUGAUGGGCCGUUGAGACGGAUUGAAGGUAGCACCUGAUACUUGGAGGCGUGCUUUCAUCUCGCCUUGACGCGUUCUUAUUCUUCUUGCCUCUAACCGACCGCGUGGCCCUCUUUCCUUAAAUCAU